AAGAAACAUGAACAGGAAAGACAUCAAAAGGAAGUCUCAUCAGGAAUGCCCUGGGAAGGCAGGAGGGCGGGGUCGGCCACGGCAGGCCCGCCGCCACAAGACGUGUCCCACCCCCCGGGAAAUCAGCAAGGUCAUGGCUUCCAUGAAUCUGGGAGUGCUGAGUGAGAGCAGCUGCAGCGAGGAUGAGCUACUGGAGGAGUGUAUCCGCUGCUUUGACUCGGCUGGCAGCCUACGCCGAGGGGACCACAUUCUCAAGAUGGUGCUCACGAUGCACAGCUGGGUGCUGCCGUCCUCAGAUCUUGCUGCCCGUCUGCUGACUUCGUAUCAGAAGGCCGCCAAAGACUCCCAAGAGCUAAGACAGCUACAGAUCUGUUACUUGGUCAGGUACUGGCUGACCCAUCACCAUGAGGCAGUGCACCAGGAGCCCCAGCUGGAAGCAGUCAUAAGCCAGUUUUGGACCACUGUCGCUCAGGAGGGCAACAUGGCCCAAAGGAGCCUGGGAGAUGCCUCCAGCCUGCUGAGUCCUGGAGGGCCCGGUCCCCCACCUCCCAUGAGCAGCCCAGGCCUGGGCAAGAAGCGGAAAGUGUCAUUGCUAUUCGAUCACCUGGAGACAGAGGAGCUGGCACAACACCUUACUUACCUGGAGUUCCGGUCCUUCCAGGCUAUCACUCCCCAAGACCUGCGGGGCUAUGUUUUGCAGGGUUCAGUGAGAGGUUGUCCGGCUCUGGAAGGUUCUGUGGGUCUGAGCAACAGUGUGUCUCGCUGGGUGCAGGUCAUGGUGCUGAGUCGUCCUGGGCCUGCACAACGUGCCCAGGUCCUGGACAAAUUCAUUCGUGUGGCACAGAGGCUUCACCAGCUGCAGAAUUUCAACACACUGAUGGCGGUCACGGGGGGCCUGUGUCAUAGCGCCAUCUCCAGACUCAAGGACUCCCACGUCCAUCUGAGCCCUGACAGCACUAAGGCCCUGCUGGAGCUGACAGAGCUCCUCUCUUCCCACAAUAACUAUGCCCACUACCGCCGCACCUGGGCCGGCUGUACUGGCUUCCGGCUGCCAGUACUGGGUGUACACCUCAAGGACCUGGUAUCUCUAUAUGAGGCUCAUCCAGACAGAUUGCCAGAUGGCCGCCUGCACCUACCCAAGCUGAAUAGCCUCUAUCUACGGCUGCAGGAGCUGACAGCACUCCAGGGACAGCAUCCUCCCUGCAGUGCCAAUGAGGACCUGCUGCACCUGCUGACGCUUUCCCUGGACCUCUUCUACACGGAAGAUGAGAUCUACGAGCUUUCUUAUGCCCGGGAACCACGCUGUCCCAAGAGUCUGCCACCGUCCCCCUUCAAAGCACCUGUGGUGGUAGAGUGGGCCCAGGGUGUGACACCAAAGCCAGACAGCGUGACUCUGGGUCAGCAUGUGGAACAGCUGGUGGAGUCCGUGUUCAAGAACUACGACCCAGAAGGCCGUGGUUCCAUCUCGCUGGAGGACUUUGAGCGGCUGUCAGGCAACUUCCCAUUCGCCUGCCAUGGGCUUCAUCCACCUCCCCGCCACGGGAGUGGCUCCUUCAGCAGAGAGGAGCUGACCAAGUACCUGCUCCAUGCCAGUGCCAUCUGCUCCAAGCUGGGCCUGGCCUUCCUGCACGCCUUCCAGGAGGUCACCUUCCGCAAGCCCACCUUCUGUCACAGCUGCAGCGGCUUCGUGAGCACUGGCCCUCUCUGGGGGGUCACCAAGCAAGGCUAUCGCUGUAGGGACUGUGGGCUGUGUUGUCACAGACACUGCAGGGAUCAAGUGAGAGUGGAGUGUAAGAAGAGGCCAGAGACUAAAGGUGACCCGGGCCCCCCAGGUGCACCUGUGCCAGCAACACCACUUCCUCCUGCCAGCUGCGGCUCAGAGGAAAGUCUCUCCUAUACACUCUCCCCGGAUCCGGAGUCUGGUUGCCACCUUCGCCAUGCUUGGACCCAGACGGAGUCCUCACACUCUUCCUGGGAGCCACAGAUGGUGCCUUGCCCAGCACCAGUUUUACCGUCCAAAGCUUCCUCGAAGCCCAGCGUCUGAACAGCAUCUGGAGUCUUGUCCCUCACUCCCCUAGCCAACGCCUCCUCCACCCCCACUCUGCCUCUGACAAAGCACCCACCAUCUUUUCCCCUAAAAAGACACUGACUGCCAGUCAAGCCCCUUCCCCUCACUCAGCAUCUGCAGCUGUGCUGGACGCACUUGGGCUCCAGCUGUAUCGCUCCCCAGCUCCCCACUUCCCAGAGAGGAAGCCUCGUGCUCAGUAGGCUGACCUUCAA